AUGCCUGAAGUCAUUGCUCUGCACCAGUGGGUGGGUGCUCAGGUCAUAGUUAAUGAACAGACUGUUCUCUCAGAUUAUGAAAGUGCAGAGGAUUCAGAAGGAGAGGAAGAAUAUAGUGAAGAAGAAAGUUCCAAAGUGGAGCUGAAGUCAGAAGCCAAUGAUGCUGCAAAUUCUUUGGCAAAAGAAGAGAAGGGGGAAGAAAAGCCGGACCCAAAAGGCACUGUGACCGGAGAGAGACAGAGUGGAGAUGGGCAAGAAAGCACGGAGCCUGUAGAAAACAAGGUGGGUAAAAAGGUGCCAAAGCAUUUGGAUGAUGAUGAAGAUCGGAAGAACCCUGCCUAUAUCCCCAGGAAAGGGCUCUUCUUUGAGCAUGACCUCCGAGGCCAAACCCAAGAAGAAGAAGUCAGACCCAAAGGACGUCAGCGGAAGCUGUGGAAGGAUGAGGGCCGGUGGGAGCAUGACAAGUUCCGAGAAGAUGAACAAGCACCUAAGUCUCGUCAGGAGCUCAUAGCCCUCUAUGGCUAUGAUAUUCGAUCAGCUCACAACCCAGAUGACAUCAAACCCCGGAGACUCCGUAAAUCCAGGUUUGGAAGCUCUCCACAGAGGGAACCAAACUGGGGCAAUGACCGACCAAACAAGCCUCCCCGUCACCAGGGCUCUGGGGGAUCCUCGUUGCCACCAAGAACAUUCGUCAAUCGGAAUGCUGCUGGUACAGGCAGAAUGCCUACAUCUAGGAACUUCUCUCGAUCUGGGAGCUACAAGGAAGGAAGGACUGGGUUUAGGUCUUCAGAAAGUAGUGGGCAGCAUAGUGUUUACUCUGAUGAAUCUGAUAGGUAUGAAAAUGGUUAUCGUUCUCGGCGCCUGGACUAUGCUCAAACUAGGGACCCAUCCCCAGAAAUGGAGUUUUCCCAUGGGUUUGGCAGCCCUGAAAAAGAGGAAGCCAUUUCAGAGCCUCCAACCCCUGAUAUUGCACCACCACCCCCAGACAGACCAGUUGAAAAGAAGUCUUACUCUCGAGCAAGAAGAUCCAGAAACAAAGCUGGAGAUGCAAGCAAGCUGGCAGAGGAAUUGCCACCUCCUGUGGAGGUGCCAGCCCCUGCACCUCCACCCCCUGCAGCUACCCCUCCCCCACCAUCACCACCACCACCACCGCCACCACCACCACCACCCUCUUCCUCUUCCUCUUCUUCCUCCUCUUCUUCCUCUUCCUCCUCCAAGACUGGGAAUUGGGAGGCCCCAGUGGACUCCAGCACAGGAGGACUUGAACAAGACAUGACUCAAUUGAAUCUGACUGAACAGAAUUGGAGCUCAGGGCAGCAGCCUCAGUUUCUCCAACCAAGGGAGCUUCGAGGUAUCCCCAACCACAUGCACCUGGGAGCAGGCCCUCCACCUCAGUUUAACCGUAUGGAAGAAAUGAGUGUUCAGGGUAAUCGAGCCAAACGAUAUUCAUCCCAGCGUCAGAGACCUGUUCCUGAACCACCUGCCCCACCUGUGCACAUUAGUAUCAUGGAAGGGCACUACUAUGACCCAAUGCAAUUCCAAGGACCAAUUUACACCCACAGUGACAGCCCUACCCCAAUGCCUCCCCAAGGCAUGAUUGUACAACCAGAAAUGCACCUCCCCCACCCUGGCUUACAUCCCCAUCAGACGCCGGCACCUCUGCCUAACCCGGGUCUGUACCCCCCGCCAGUGUCCAUGUCCCCAGGACAGCCACCACCCCAGCAGCUGCUUGCCCCUACCUACUUCUCCGCUCCAGGUGUCAUGAACUUCGGCAGUCCCAGCUAUCCCUAUGCCCCAGGGGCACUGCCCCCUCCCCCACCUCCUCACCUGUACCCCAAUACCCAGGCUCAGUCUCAGGUGUAUGGAGGAGUAACCUAUUAUAACCCGGUCCAGCAACAGGUGCAGCCAAAACCUUCUCCACCCAGACGGACAUCCCAGCCGGUUACCAUCAAGCCCCCUCCACCUGAGGUUGUAAGCAGGGGCUCCAGUUAAUUUGAAUUUCUAAAUACUUUAAAUCUAACACCACAUAAAAAAACAGCAGAAGUGAGAACUCAGAAGAUGAAAGAUUCAUCAGGCCACCUGCUUCGGGGAGUGCUCUGAUGAUAAUGUGGCCCCCAUCAGCAAGCAGACUUGUUACACACGCAGAAUGAAAAGCAGCCUUACCUCUUCUUAGGGAUAGGCUUUGAUGGGAAAAUGAGGAUACCUUUCUCCUCCAGGGGGAGUGGCUGUCUGUACUCAGGGCAGGGAAGGCCCGAGUCAGCCAGCCAGCUCAUGCACCCUUGUCUCUAGACCUAGAAGCUCAUGUCUCUGCUGCUGAUCUUCCCCUCCCUCCAUCCUUCCCUGGGAUUGAAAUGUCCUUCUCUCCCAUGGUGGGCACCUUGUCCUUUUCUUGUUUAAGAUGUUGAAUGAAAAAACUUUUGCUUGCUGUUUAAUAUUCUUCCUUUUUCCUUAAAAAAAUGAAAUGAACUCAUUCUAUUCAGUUUACCAACUCCUCUGGGUUCCCUUUAGGUUCCCCACCAUGUCCUUCCCAGAUGAACAUGAAUGUACCAGUCAAUUCUCUCCCCACCCAGGGUCCUCAUAGGAGCUGGCCUUUCUUUAGUUUUGUUGGUUUUGCUUCUUGUUCUUGUUGUAUGUUUUUGAAUUCUUGACUCUUCCCAAACCCCAUAGACACAUAGCCCUCAGCAGAAUAUAAUAGCAUUUAGGAAAGGCCCAAGGUCAUAGAAGUGCCCUACUUAUUUCAGCUUUGAGAGUUUUGGGUCCCACUAGUAUCUGCCUUGAUGAGUUUUAGUUUUUGAUAGGUGCAGUUUCUCUACUUUUGGAGAGAGGCAAUAGACCAGGUGCUCUUCAUAAUGGGGAGGAUAGAGUAAUAGUAUUCUCUCCCCCAUAACCAUCCUUAGGGCUAUUUCUUCAUAGUGCCUAGGGCAAAUCAAUGCAAUGAAGCAGGAAGAACUGGAGGGUCUUGAGCCUCCUUCCCCCCAUCCCCCCUGGCUGCAGACCAAUUCUUCCCUCCAGGUAGCUGCUUGCCUGGGUCCAAUUUUCAAGUGGUGCCCUUCUACUUGGCCCUAGAACCUGUGUGCAGUGCUCCCAGCACAUGUUUUACUUAAUUCCUUUUACCCUUUAAAUAAAAAAGGGUGGCACAGCAGCCAGGCUUAAGGCCAAAAGGUAACCAGGUGCUUCUUGGGCUCAGGGCAACUUUUAACCCAUCUGCCUCUGCAGAAGACUUCAUUGCUGCAGCCUGGUUGUCCAGGGGUCACUUGGCUACUACUCCCCACCUGCUGUAAAACCUGAGGGCAGUGGCCAUUUCACUUCAGCAUAGUCAUUAUCUGUCUAGUCUUCUGUUUUCCAGCAACUGCCUUGGUCACUGUAGGUCAUCUUGGCCAUGGGCUCAGUCAAAAAAUUAUGUUGGUCUAGAAGGGAACUUGGCCACUUCCUACCUACUUGGCAUCUGAUUAAGAAAAAACCCUUUGUUAGAGCCUAAUUGGUGGUUGCACCUUUUAGUGCUGCUCUGUUGCUGCCUUGAGCCUGAGGGCCACAUGACCAGGCUCCCAGACCUUACAACACUGUGAUGGUUGUCUCUGUUGAACCAUGUGCUUUUCUCUGGGGUUUUCUUUUUUGUUGUUCUGAGGAGUGUUUAUUUGUGAUCUACAUUGUGACUUCCUGAUGAUAAAUUUUAGAUGGGAAAUCUGA